CUGGACCACCCACGCGCACGGCUCUUCGCCUCAGGGUCGGUGGGAAAUGCAGGGCCUGCCGGCGCUGCCGCCAGACGCAAAGACAUAUGACCGUGCGGGUCUUGGCCGCAUCGGCGGUCGGCGCUGAUGGACCUGCCGCUCAGCUUCUCAUCUGAGCAAGCGAUCCCGGCCUCGUGGACAGACCUUUCAUUCAUCGCCAAGGUACAACCCGCCCAAUGCAUCAGCACGAAAUCAUUGCCCUCCUGGAGCCCUACACCACCUGCGAUCUCUCCGAUGGGCUCGCCAAGCUCGGCAAAGUGGGCCAUCUCCCAGGACUCUCGCUCCUAUCGCCAGAGCCCGGACAUGCCCGGACAGCUCGCAUCUGCGGGCCUGCCUUCACCAUCGAGCAUCUCUUGGUAUCCGACAGCAGCGUCCCGCCAUACACCUCAGUCCAUCCCCUCGACUUGGUUCCUGUCGGCUCGGUCCUGGUGAUCAAAGCUCCGGCUGCUGCCCCGAAUGCUGUCUUUGGUGGGCUCAUGGCCACCCGAGCUCAACGUGCGGGAUCUAUGGGAGCCCUCGUCGAAGGCCGUAUCCGAGACUUGCGCGAAUUCUGGGAUCUUGGCUUCUCGGCCUGGGCGCUUGGACACUCGACCAUGGGCGCCGCCGGCUGGACAAGGCUUGCGAAGGUCGGAGAGCCUGUGCAGUUUGGCUCCGAGAGCAUGUGUCCUGUCUGGAUCCGCACUGGCGAUAUCAUCGUGGCCGAUGUCGAUGGGGCUGUACGGAUCCCGAUCGAAGAUGUCGAGCUCGUCGCUAAGGAGUGUGCAGCUCGCAUCGAAAUUGAUAGGAGAUGCAUGCGGGAUCUGACCGAAGGCAAGCCAUUUGCCGAGACGCUCGCCAAGCAUCGAUGAGCACACCGAUUUGGUGGUUGAGGAUAUGACGGCGAUAUGUUACUGAGGAUAUGGCAGCGAUAUGUAGUGCAGUUGGAUACGUUGUCGUGUUGUGGAACAUGAUGCGAUGGAACUGAAAAUGGCGUAAUAUUGUGCAGUACGGCGGGAACAAGUGGAAUUGAGUACGAUGCAGUAUCUUGAGGAACACGAGUGCGGGAGGGGUGGUGGUGUUCACGGAAUGCUGAGCAAAACCAAUCACAUAUCGUAUCUCUCAAUCGACAUCAUUCAGCCGGGUGAUCAGUCAACGUCAUAUGUAAAAGAGUCCCGUUGUCGAAUUGGGGUGAUUACUUUCGUCUGGAUCCCGAAUAUGCUUCCACCAUGGCCGGACAGUGUGUUCAAGGAGACUGGCCUUGUGGACAGCAGCAGCAGCGAAUCGGAGAUCGAGAUCAAAAGUCUACGCUGCAAGCGCGAAGCGAAUGUACGGGC